AUGGCCCCACCUGAAGAUCUCCCCUGCAGUCCUGCAGUCCUCAGAGGGAGCAGCACAGUUCAGAUGACCUGUGAAGUACCUCAGUCUCAGUCUGCGUCUCUGUGUCUCUUCUACCUGGAUGGGAUAGAAGCUGCUCCAUACAGUCACCCAUCAUGUCAAAUGUCCCUCACUGGUGUUCAGAUCCAGCAGUGGACACGUCAGAGUUCCCCUCUAGAGGCUAAAGUGGGGUGUAAUUACCUCACAGAAGGAGAAAGAACUCAAUCAGAUCACUCAGAUUAUGUUUCAUUGACUGUUAUGGACAGACUGCAGAAGCCUAACAUAAAGGUCCUUCAUGAUGGUUUCAUCUCCAUUGUCUGUGACAUACCCAAGCAUUUUGGUGAGGCCACUGACUGCCAACUUUACACUGGUGAUGAACGCCAGUCUUAUCUAAAAACAAAGACAUCAAAGAGUGCAACUGGAGACCUGUUCUGCCAGUUUACUGUGAACAAAGAUGAUUUAUUCAGACGCCUGCAGUCAGUGAGAAGCAGAGGGGUGAGCUGUGAUUAUACAGUGAACACAGAACCUCCAUCUCUCUCUCCACGCAGUGACCCUUACAACUUUACAGCAGGUUUAAGUGUUAUCACCAGAAAAGCACAUCUGCCAUCUUCACAGCCAGCACCUGCUGUUACUGCUGCUCCUCCUCCAAGGCCCCACCUGAAGAUCUCCCCUGCAGUCCUCAGAGAGAGCAGCACAGUUCAGAUGACCUGUGAAGUACCUCAGUCUCAGUCUGCGUCUCUGUGUCUCUUCUACCUGGAUGGGAUAGAAGCUGCUCCAUACAGUCACCCAUCAUGUCAAAUGUCCCUCUCUGGUGUUCAGAUCCAGCAGUGGACACGUCAGAGUUCCCCUCUAGAGGCUAAAGUGGGGUGUAAUUACCUCACAGAAGGAGAAAGAACUCAAUCAGAUCACUCAGAUUAUGUUGCAUUGACUGUUCUGGACAGACUGCAGAAGCCAAACAUAAUGGUCCUUCAUGAUGGUUCCAUCUCCAUUGUCUGUGACAUACCCAAGCAUUUUGGUGAGGCCACCCACUGCCAGCUUUACACUGGUGAUGAACGCCAGUCUUAUCUAAAAACAAAGACAUCAAAGAGUGCAACUGGAGACCUGUUCUGCCAGUUUACUGUGAACAAAGAUGAUUUAUUCAGACGCCUGCAGUCAGUGAGAAGCAGAGGGGUGAGCUGUGAUUAUACAGUGAACACAGAACCUCCAUCUCUCUCUCCACGCAGUGACCCUUACAACUUUACAGAUGAACCUGAAAUGACCACAAGCUAUUCACAGCAGUCAGUGACAUUUGGGACUUUCUGUCUGGCACAUCCUGAAGCGCCCACAUCUAAACAGACCGAUGAGAAACAACUGUAG